AUGGCUUUGCUGCUGCUUGGCUUCCUGGGCCUUGGGGCGGCGCAGUCCCCUUGGGAGCCGCGGCGCUUGAACGCGCCCUGCGCGGCCUCGGGGCAGCUCUGCAGCAGCAGGUGCUGCGACCGCUUCGAGAGCUGCUUCGAGGAGGCGGGCUCGGUGAGCCUUUGCCGUGGCUUCUGCGUGCCAGAAGAGGGACGGAGCUGUCGCACGCCCUACGCGCAUCCCUUGGGACAGGCGCGGAAGACGGAGCAGUGGCCGGACCUGGCGGCGGUCUGCGACGCGGGCACAGCGCUGGUGCAGCCGCAGGCCUUCCAGGAAAAGUACAACGGGAGCUGCGCGGAGUUCUGCCGAGCCGCUGGACAAGUGAUCCACCAGCCGCUGAUGUUCGCAGUCUCUGGCGGGCCGGGCUACGGCGAGAUGCGCAGCUGCAUGGGCGACAAGGAGGGCAAGCACAGUGCCAGGUUCAUCGAACUCUGCAAAGAUCACCAGUGGGAGAAGGUGAAGCAGAUCCUGUCCGAGCAGCCUGCGCUGGUGAACUGCGAAGUUGACGGGCGGUGGUCCGCACUCCACUAUGCAGCGAGAGCCGGCAACCCGCAGAUGGUGGAGUUCCUGCUCUCCAAGAGCGCUGAUGCCACGAGCUUCGCCGGAGACGGGAAGUCCCCUUUGGAGGUGGCCAAAGGUCACGACGUCCGGUCCAUGCUGAUGAAAUCUUGCUUUCUGAGCCCCGCGACAGCGAUCUUUGAGCAUUACGAUUCCAGCGGCACCGGCGUGAUCGACAGCAUGGAGCUAGGAUGGGUCAUCAAGGCGGUCAAGCCGAACCUGACGGACAUGGAAAUCCAGCAAAUCUUCGCUUGUGUGGACACAAACAAGAACGGGGAAAUUGACUUCGUGGAGUUCGUGAUGUGGCUGUUUGCCGGGCAGGGGAAGUCCAUGGCGCAGGAGAUCCUGGCCACGGCUUACCAGCUGUCCAGCUCGGGCGUGGGCAAGCAAGCGUUGCGGCUGAAGCACGUGCUGGCUCUCCGGGCGGGGCUUGAUCCCCACGUCUACUUGUAUCCAGAUUUCGCGCCCAUGCCCAAGAUGGCCCACCAUCCUCCGCGGGACGAGAAGCCCCAGACCUGCGUGGAGUACGUGCAGCAGAUGCUGCCCCAGCUACCAGGCAUCCCCAUGAUCGAGGAGACUCUGGCGGAGGUGCAGCGCCUGGCGGAUCUGCGAGUGGAGACCUCCCAAGGCCAAAGGAUCCAACACCCCGAGAUGGUGUGCGCCAUUGUGAUUUGGACCUUCGACACGGUGUUGGUUGAUGCGGACACCCCCUACACGAAGGAGCAAACCUUCCAGUACCAGGUGAACAAGUUUAUUGACAAGCGUGACAGUGAGUUCUUCUACGUGGGUCGAGGGUUUUUCUACUACCUCAUGACUGCUUUGGAGAAGCUUCCCCCAGCUGGGGGCGUGGUCUACCAAGGCAUCCCCGGCAAGGAUGUGGCGACGGCGCGGGAGGCGCUGGUGGAGGGCACCACGGUGACCUGGCGCUGCUUCACCACGGCGCUGCAGCUCUGGGGCUCCAUGGUGACCUAUGACAGGGGCCUAGUGCUGCAGAUCACGCUGCUGCCGGAGAGUCGGGGCAAGGGCUCCCUCUUCGAGUCGAAGGGCCGAGACAUCAGCAAGCUGUCGGCCUUCUCAGGGUCCAGCGAGGUGCUCUUGCUGCCCAACAUCCGCAUGCGGGUGGGCCCGGAGGUGCAGCGCAAGGGUCUGACCGUCAUCGAGCUGACGGAGCUGGAGGAGGACACUGCCACCACGCUGAACGCCGAGGUUACGGGUGGCAUUGCAAACGCAUUCAGCUGCUUGGCUCAAAAGCCGGAGAGACUCCCGGGCUCCGAGAUGCAGGAAAGUUCGGAGGAGCCGGGAGAGACCAGCGAGCAGCCGGUGGAGGUCGGCAAGAGCUCGACCUCGACCUCCGAGGGCACGAGCGCGGUGAGCGUGAAGAAGCCCAGCGUGAGCACGCUGGAGGCCUAUGUGAACCUGGUGACAGUGAUCAUUGGCGCCGGUAUCUUGGCGCUGCCCCAGCUACCUGCGCGAGGGGGAUGGGUGCUGUGCCCCUUGCUGCUGAUCCUGUGUGGCUUCGCGGUGCACGAGUCGGCACUGCAGCUCUGGAAGGGCUUCAUGGCGGAUCAUGCCAUCCCUGUCAGCACCUACGAGGACCUGGGAGAGGCAGCCUUUGGUGUACCCGGGCGCGCCAUAACAACGGUGGUGGUAAACGCCUUCCUGCUCGGCAUUUGCUCCGCCUACUGCGCCCUCAUCGGCAUGCAGCUGCAGACCGUGUCCAACAACGCCAUCCACAGCCGCGCUUGGCUGCUGAUCAUGUACCCGGUCUUCGUAUGCCUCGCACUGCUGCCAAACUUGUCGGUGCUGUCCAAGCUCGUGCCGGUCGGCAUGGUGGCCGCCCUCGCCACCGCGGUGUGCAUCAUUGCCAAGGCCAUGAUCGAUGUUGAGCAUUGGUCCGACUGGAGCGAGGAGGCGGAGCUGCACGCCGCGUGGCCGGCGCAGUGGCCGGCGCUGGGAGCGGUGCUGGCGACCUGUUUGGGAGCCUUCACCUUGGCCCCGGUGUCGCCGCCGCUGAUCCAGGACAUGGCGAAGCCUGAGCGCUUCCCAAGGGCGCUGAGCUGUGCCCUCCUCACCUGCGCCAUUCUCUACAUCGCGGUCAUGCUUUGCGGCUACUACGGCUAUGGGAAUUUCAUCCAAGAGAACGUGGUCGCGAACAUGCAUCUGUUCCCCGCCAGCUCAGAGGAAGCGCUGCGGCCUGCGAGCACUUGGACGGGCUCAAGUGCCGAAUGGCUGGCCCCAGUUGUUUCUGUCAUGGUCCUCACCAAUAUCAUGCUCAGCAUGCCUCUCUUGGCCAUGGCGGUGUUCUACUCAGUUCAAAGCUUUAAGUACACCGCGCCCUACGUGCCUCCUGGCUCCUGGGCGAACUGGGCCAUGAGGGUGGCCCUGAUUACAGGGGUGGACGCCGUGGCCCUGGCGGUGCCGCGCUUCACCGUGGUCUUCGCCUUCUUCAGCGCCGUGACCUCGCCCUUCGUGUCGCUGGUGCUGCCCAUUUGCUUCGCAGGCGCCAUCUUGAAGGACAAGCCGCGCGUGCUGCGAAGAGCUUGGCACGUGCUCAUCGUCAUCGUUGGGGCCCUGUGCUUGAUCUUUGGUGUCUACACGGCAGUAAUGGGCCUGGCAAAGACCUGUGAGGGCCAGGGGCUGACCUUCCGGCAGCUGGAGGAUGGCCAGGGCUUCUUGUCCCCGGCGCUCAAAGAGCUUCAGGCCCUGAAGCCUCACGAAGAGAGCGUGGUGGUGAUCUGCCGGGACGGACGCUCCAUGGCGGCGGCAGUUGCCACGGCCUGGCUAGCACUUUGCUGCGGCCAGACGUUGGAUGCCGCGCUCUCUGUCGUGGCGGACUCGGCGAAGCAGGUAGGCGCUUGGCGCACACCCCUGGAUGCCUUCGGGAGCCGAGAGGCAUUCGCGGCAGCCCUCGGCGAAGCAACGAAGGGCUGA